AGACUCGCCAAGUUUGCUGGAGGUGAGCUUCGACUUCUGUCAGGCUCUUGGCUGAAGCGCGAUGUUUUUUUUUUUUUUUUUGGUGGAUUCGGAUUUGGUCUCUCUGCGUCGUAUUUUGCUGCUCUGUGUAGUCGACUUGGAUGCCUGCUCCUGAUCGAUAAUUCGAAGUCGCCAUAUGGGAUCUAUUAUCAUUGGACUCUUCCCCAGUUCUGACGUCAUUCAGCCACGCAUUCCCGCAUACUUUCGGAAAGCUCGUUGAUAGUCUUUCUCCUAUACCCAGCUGGCUGCGCUCAACCGUAUACUCGUGGGGAGCGUCGUAAGCACGCCCGUUACUUUCUUUGACUUCUUUUCCGUGAUAAGUGAAGGCUUAACAGCUGCUGAAACCUGUGGCGCGGAUAUCGUUGGUUUACCUGUCGUCGAACGUUACUGGCAGUACUCCAGUGCCCUCCCAUCGAAAUGGCGUCGGAAAGAUCAAGAUUCCAGGUCGGAGUCCAGGCUCAGGAAACACAAGUGUAUGUCAUCCCGCAGGAGGCAUCAAUAAACGUGAACUCGAAUGGACAUAUAGUAACAAGAGUGCUCUCGAGGGUUGUACGAGUAACUGAAGUCAGACGGAUCGUUGGCGUUCAGCGGCUUCAAACGAUAGAAAACCCUGGAAAUGGCUGCGCAUUAUUUUGUAAAGCAAUGGUUACAGUGUUCUGCCUGUUGCUUGCACUUGCGGUACUUGCUGCUGCACUAUCCAUGAUCAUCAUUGGGUCGCUCUACUUCAAUGAAUGUCCCGCUGAGAACAAGAUACCUAUUUACCUCGUCGUGGCCGGUGUCGUCCUGCUGCUAGUGUUCCUGAUUUCGUGUUUCAAACCAAAGUAUUUGGAGUCGCUUUCAGCAUAUGUCGUAGUUCUCUGCCUCUUUUUCCUCAUGGGAUGGAGCAUUGCAGGCAUCGUGUGGGUGAUUAAUGUGCAACACAUGGAUUUCAACGAACCCCUCAGCCCACAUUACUGCAACCGUAUGGUGUACAAGGCCACGACGUACUCUGCUGGCAUUGGUGCUUCCAUAGCAAUUCUCAUGUGUUGUGCUGGCUGCUCUUCUGAUUAAGGAUGUCAAAGAAUUUCCAGACUGCAGAGCCAAAACAAGUAGCGUACGAAGUUGCACAAAACGAGUAUAAUCUGCCAAUAGAAAAUUUUGUGUUUGGUUCUUUCAUAUUAAUUAAUUUUGGCACGUUUGCAUAUUACAUUUUAUUUUCGUGUU